CUUGUCGAGACCAGGAAAACCUAUGCAUUUGGGGAACUUGUAGAAUUGCCAACAUGCAGUCUAAUCGAAAGUGUAAAACUUGCAGGACCAGACGAAUCAAGUGCGAUGGCGCUGAGCCAAUAUGCAACAAAUGCAUCAAGGCACAGCGCACAUGCGUCCCACUAGAGGAUACCGAAAGUCACGCUUUUACGAUACACAUCGAAAACCAAUAUGCAUCCGGAGAAGAACAGCGCCCGCGCGGUCCGCGGUCCAGCCUUACGCCACUGCAACCGACGCUCCAGCUUCGAACGCGUGCGGUGGCGUACUUUAUGCAAAACCAUUUCCAGAUGUUUGAAGAUAUGCCAGAUGUAUCAAUGACCUGGGCCGAGUGUUUCCACGAGUGGGGAGCGGCGGGUAAUCGUUCGGACAUGGUAGAUCUGGGUCUGUCGUCUUUGUCUCUAGCGGUAUUCGCUAAAGCGCAGUCGUGGAAGCCCGCGGCGAUGGAAGGCUGUGGUUUGUAUUUGCAGCUUCUUCAAGCGAUGCAAACUCGCAUUCCAAGAAUUCACAGAGGGGAUCUAUCGCAGAAUGAGAUUGAUGAGUGUCUCCUCACCAUCCAUUUCAUGGCUCGCUAUGAAUCAUUGGUGCAAUCGCAGAGCGAAGAUGGCGACGAGAAGAUGGCCCUCCAGUCUAUGAAGGUGUGGUUCCACUUCGACGGUGCAGUCGCCAUCCUGAAAUCAUGGUCCAACAGCCGCCAAGAACACAAGACCCCGACAUCUGCGAUAAAGUUGACGAGAAGAACAAUCAUCAGGACUAAUCUGCUACGCGAGCAGCGGAUUGCAGAAUGGCUUGCGCAUGGUAGCUCGUUUGGCGAGUUUGGAACGUCACAACAGUUUGACAGCAUUGUCGGUAACAUUAUUAAUCUCCACCAAGAAUACUUGGCGCUCAAGCAAAAAAGUGCAAAUCAAGAUAUCAGCACUUUUGACAUCGAAACAUUAUUCCAAACAUCAUAUGAAAUCGAGCGGGAUAUACUGGACUGGCCUUCAAAACUUCCAUACCGAUACGCUUUCACAGAAAGCGACUCGCUUAGGAGCAGCAACACCCCCGUCGAUCCCUUCACUCUUUCGCCAACAUUAAUCUGCGCAAAACCGGGGUACUCUCUCCUCUGGAACGAAUACCACUCCAUGGGAAUGUUGCUGAUCAACACGCGUCUCAAGAUCAUCAAUCUCGUCAGCCCCGAAAACAGACAUCCCGAGCACGAAGCGGCAGUAGAACCGAGCAUCUACCAGUUCAACUCCUGGACCGAGAAGCUCAUCAACAUGAUUCCCUUCAGCCUCGGCAAGAUACCCGAGCUGUCAUCGACGGCAGGAAAGCCGGAAGCUAUACCAGAAGGCGAGGUGUUCAAACCCUACAAAGCAAACUUAGCGGUUUGGUCCAUCGCAAUCGCUUCCAGCUUGGAGAUGUUGGAUCCUGAGAGGAGAGAGUUUUUUCGUCGGCACCUUGAAAAGAUGGCGGCUGCCUCGAGUGAAUGCUUGAUUGGGUAUGUCUUGAGCGGGUACUGGAUGGUUCUCUGA